CUUUUAAUGUUAACGGGUCGUCCAUCGACGCAGUUGAGUGUAGACUGGGCUAGUGCGGGGCUCCGGCCUGUAUGGAUGAAGUAGAUCACCGGAGCGCGACGAAAAGUAAUUUGUACAAAAAACCGAAUUCAACUCAUUGCGAUUGCCGUGCCGUCCGUGAUGUUUUGUCUGACCGCACAAUAUAUCGGUAGUCAUUGUUGUUAGAGGUUUUUUGUAACGAUUGAAUUAAAUACGCCGGUAAUGUCCCGCGUGCUCGCUACUCGCUGACUCUUACAUCCAAAAGUUUUUAUUAGUGUCGUGUAGACUGUACUGUUAAAUGUUUAGUUAGAAUCAAGAAAAAGUGGAUUCCUCGCAAGAAAUGGGUGUUUUCAAGUGGCUACGCCGGGAACGUCUCACAGUUACCACUGGCCGUGUGAGCCCGGCAUCCAGCGUCGAUGACCCACCGGUUCAAGUGGGCACCAUCAGGACGGAGGAGUACAAGAGAGAUCUGGCCGAAUUCCAAGCGAGACGAUCAAUUGGCAGCAAGGAUGUCCAAGACACACCGAACAAAAAGAAAUGCGGUCGACACUCUCUGCCUGUAUCUUGCACCAAUUGUACCGGUGAUCCGGACGCGACUUUCAAUUACGAAAAGAAAUCGGCUAUGAAAUAUAAGAAGAAAUCACAGAAGCGAACAGGAAGCAUCCAUUCCGAGGAGAAGCUGUACGAAGGUGCCCCCAACAUUCACUUUCUAUUUCAGAACCAAGUUUUCAUGCCGGGGAAUAUGUUCGCGUCUUAUUCCGAGCCUCGCAAGCAGCGUAAGCAUCGUCAGAGAUCGCCAGAUUUUCUAGUGCAGAAACAAAUAGACUUCAAGGACGACCAACCCUUGACGCCGCCGCUGUUUUAUAAGGACAGUUCGUUACCAUUUGACACUAAAAACUUUUUAGAGUUAUCGAGGAGCGAUGACGAAUUAGACGGUGUGAAAACUGGUGACGCGAAGAAGUCCAGCGAGGGUUCUGGCAGCCAUAAGAACGACAGCUGUGACGUCAAACUGUGGGAGGUUAUGAGCGAAUUGAAACAUUUUGACAAAUGGGCCGAUGAACAGUUACAGGCUCCGUCGACGACCAGCAAAUCAGAUGACAGUAGGAGCGACACCAGCGCUUUCGGUCUGCCGAUAGCCAGCGCCUGCAAUCUGGACGUUACAAUUGAAAGGAAUAGUUCUUGGAGUUUGGGCAAAUGGGGCGUCGUCCCAGUUCAGAUAAAAAGACUCAAUGACGUCACAGUGGAGCAUGUCAGGAAGAAAUGGAACAUGGAGAUUAAUAUAUUGAGAAAAUUCCGCCAUCCAAACAUAAUCCUCCUCAUGGGUGUGUACCCGGAUGUCCAGAACAAUGUGCACCUGAUAUGUGAGAGAUGCAUCGAUAGCUUGUAUGGAAUGCUGCAUAUGCAGGGUCGUAUUCUAAGCAUCCAAACAUCGAUCCAUUAUACCCUGGAUAUAACAAAUGCCCUGGUCUUUCUGAACAUGCAAGGCUACCUUCAUACAGCAUUGACUAGCAAAAGCAUUAUGAUAACGGCCCAAGAUAUAGCCAAGAUAGCCGACCUCCAGCCCUGUACGAGAUUGACGAAGAAGAAAAUAUAUGACAAAGGCUAUGAUACUUACAAAACUGAACCUCACUAUACUAACAUUAGCGAUAACCGGACGUCAUCAGAGAGCGAGCCGCUUCUGACUCAGAGAUCGGACACUGAUGUUGUGUCAAAGCCCUACGAUUAUUACUUAGAGAUGACGGACUACAACUGGCAGGCCCCGGAGCUGUUUGAACCUGAUGAGGGGAUGGUGCAUCCGUGUAACAAAAGCGAUGUCUAUUCCCUAUGUCUCAUACUGUGGGAGUGUUGUAACGCCUCAGUUCCCUGGAAGACACUAAAUUAUGCCAAGCUUAAAGAGUUGUAUACAUUAUGGAGGACGGGUCUCCAGCUGCCCAGGGAUGGUUCAUACCCUGGUUGUAUACUAGCAGUACUGGAAGCAGGGCUCAAGUUAGACCGGGAACACAGAAUCGACUUGGGGGAACUUCAAGUGGCACUGCAAAAGGCAAAGCAUGAUUUAGACGAAAUCGAAUACAUUAUAUUGCCGGAGAAAAUCGCCAAGAAGAAAUCUAGUUUCAGCACGCAACCUUGGGAUACAACCUCGCCCACCGACUCCGAUUAUCAAAGCCCAAAAAGUUUAGAGCAUACAGCGGUCGUGCACAAACACACGGACAGUUCGACGGGCAGCGAUAAUGAAGUUAAAUCCAGUCACAAUGAGACAUUGCGCAAAACGAACCUACUCACAUCGUAUACAACCGAAAAAUGUUUCGUAUCCGACGAGGAAGACAAUGUACACACGUACCAUUCACAAAUAAAAGAUUACUCAAGCGCCUGCUCGACGCCGAUAGCAAAGCUCCGAGCCAGGAUCAGAGACAUCGAAACGCCGGGGACACUCCACAGAAGCGAUUCCACGGAAUAUUGCAGCAUAGUGAGCCCUGACACGAGAUUGACGCAUUUCGGACUGAACGACGAUACAAAUAGGGACGAAAUUUCCGAACGAUCCACCGCCAAACUAAGCAGAAGCUUCACACCUAAAUCAUAUAAACCGUUGCACAUAAAAGUACCUGAAUACAAUUUGGAUUCAAUCAAAACUAUACUCAAAGAUCGCAAUGGGAACGAAAAGUCCUCUUACAAUUUUGAUAUAAAGAAUUACAGCUUACCGACAACACCCAUAGCUAGGAGUAAUAAGUUGAGGAAAAACGCCUGGCUGUCGGGGGAUGUGGAUGACAGACGGCAUGCGAGGAACGCCGGGGGUCAGGAGUUGAGCAAUAAUAACGAAGAGACCAACACGAAACAGUCGCCUGAAGACAGUAACUCUACGAAUAAUUCAUUAGACAAAGAAGAAAAAUGUGACGAGUUAUGUUCUUAUCAGUUGGUGAGAAAUGAAGUCGUGAAUUACAGAAAUGACAUCGCUAGGGAUAGCUUUACAGGACUGAAAAGAAUAUCGGAUCCUCCAGAAGACUUCAUACAGAACACUAAUCUGGAACGUGCGCGGUCUCUGAACUGUGUCCAAUCCAUCAAGUAUAAGAUCGAAGAAGACCUACUGGCCAAUGUCAACGUGAAGCCUCUCGUCGCCAUCCACGAGAAGUGGAUAUAUGAAGCCAACAAGAAGACCGGCAGAUCUCUAUCCAUGCCUGAAGACAACAAUAAGCGGAGAGUGUCAGCAGUGAAGCCCGCCUCCCACUGCACUGGGGCGCUACAGAAGUCCCUGUCACAGCACUGCAUCACCCACAGCCUGGGUUCGUACCAACCACCGAACGCUUCACCCACCAAGAGCGGCAACCAAUGGGAGCAGUAUCGCCAGAAGCGAGAUGUCAUCUCUAAAACUAUAAACUUCCAUCCAAUAGAUACCAAGACAUACAGGAAGGCCGCCGAGAAAGGAACAUUGACUGAAAAUAUUCCAAGCGAGCCCAAAGUCGACCGCGGCACGGACACGGCGAGCAUCGAAGACUACAUACGAGACCUCAUCAGGAAAGAGUUCCGACAGAUGAUGGACCAGGUAUCAUACGACGAGGUCAGAGAGGACAUGCUCGACAAGGGGGUCACCAACAUCGUGGAGUCGUUGAAGGGCGAGCCGGAAGUGACGGCGAAGAGGGAGUCGGUCAAGACGUACUCCACCAUCAAGAUAAACGGAAACAGCAAGCCGCUGCUGCAGAUUACCUUCAGCCGUUCCGGAGACAACCAGCUCCAGGUCCUAGACAGCUGUGUCAACGUCACCAUCUGUGACGCGGGCAGCGGACGAGACGAGCCCGCGCCCGGAGACCAACACCACAACUCCCUCAAGAGAUGCCAAGCGUUCAGCGCCCUACAGGUACAUGAAGCCCGCAGCACCGAAGACCUGUACAUUGACGACGAGAUGUCCACCAACGUGCAGGACUUCGGCAAGGUGAAGCUGAUCCCCUUACACGGCUCCAUACACGAGAUACUCUGCGACAAGGACGACUGCUGCCUCAUCAAGCUCAAGCAGGAGAACGGAUGCGACACCAUCUACUUCCGGUGCGACGACUCCAUCGACGCCGUAGACGGCCCGGCGCGGCACACCGACCUGGUGUUCAAACGGAGCAUCUCCAUAGAGGAGAGGAUCCACAGACUGCCGACGCGGCCCAGGGACAGAACGAGGCCCAAGUCGGAGAUACUCCUCAAGGCCAUCAACAACAACACGCGGCCCAGGAGCAACAGCAGUCCCUGUCUGUUCAAGGAGAGGAGGGACGACGUUGAGCUGAACAUAGAGAGCGUCGCGGCCUACAACGACUCCUCGUCCGACGAGUGUCUCAAGUGCAGCGAGGACGACUUCGAGACGCUCGAGAGGGAGAUAGAGGAGGACCUCGCCAAGCACCUGUCCUCGCUGACGAGCGGCGGCCUCGAGAAGAUAUCGGAGGAGAAUCUGUCGACCAUCGCCGACGACCUGUCCGACAAGCGCUGACCCCGCGCCGGCACGCGACUCCUCAGCAGGACAGCCGUGGCGAGCCGCUCAGUACAAAAUCAAUCAUUCGCCUCAUUGAUUUGUAUCGUCUAUAAACCCAAAGAUAUUGAUCGUCGUCACGUCGUUUGUAAGUUGUUUUGUUAGUUUAGUUUAAAGCUAUGUGAUCGUAGGUUAAGCGGCACUGUCAUUCCACUGUUGUGUUCCAGAGCAGUCUCUCUCACAGAUCGUUAUUUAUAUUUUUCGCUGUUAAUUGUUUCACCGCGUCUCCGCGAGCGCUCGGCCGACGCGUCCGUUUGAUAUUUAAUGUUUACAAGGAUUUCUACGAGCGUUUUAAAUGUUGUAUUGAUUUAGGAGAUUUUAAGCAUUACCGAGGUGCUGAUUUUAGACUUAGCUGUUGAAAAAUAAACUCGUUACUAAUUAAUAUAA